CAGAGUUUGUAACGGUAAGACAUAGAUCUAGAUCUCAAUGUGUUUGCUUGACUUCGUGUUCUAAUACAAUAAACAGAUAUUCAGAAAAACUAAAUUCCUGGAACUUUACAUUCAUCCACAAACUAAAAGCAACUAAACAAUGGGAUCUACAGAUUAUGAGAAACCCCACCCCGUUUUGUGUAUCAUCUUUUGGCUCAUUGAUACAGCAGAUCUUGUUUUUGACUGGUGGUUUUUCCGCGACGUGUUUACCACAACCCACACUCUUAAAGACUUGAUCACACUUUUUAUUCUCAUUUUCUGCAUCGUCGGCACCAUCACGUAUGUGGUUGAGACAGUGAAUUAUUGCUUGGAACGAUGGGAUCCGGAUACUGUAUCGGCUGUUGUCGUGUGGGUGGAGGACGUACCCCAGAUGGUGCUGAGCCUGCUGGCCACACUGUACAUUGGGGAAGUGACUACCAUCCAGCAGGUGAAACUAGCUGUGGUGGCGAUCAAUUUUGUUACGCUGGUCAUAGUUCUGUUAAGGGAAUGUUGUUGUGGACAGGGUGAGAAGGUUUGUACAAGAGCUUUCAUCAUCCUUGCCACCCUCAUUGAGCUUGGUAUAGCUAUCGCCAUUGUUGUUAUUGAAUAUGCAUAGAGGUGUUCAUUUUAUAAAAUAAUUUCGCUAUUGAAGAUUUUAAAUCUGUUAGAAGGUAUUUAUAAUUCAUGGGUAAUGUAGAUUUUAAAA